AAAAUAGAAGGUAUAGGGUAAUGGAACCAAUGAAUGAACGUCACCAGUUGAUAAACAUAAUAUUAGAAAAAAAUAAUAUUUAGCUAGAUGUUACGUUCACUAUGCGAGAGAAAGAUAGCAAUACAUACUUUGAAGCAUAUUUCGUUACUAGACCCUGUUUUCAAUAUGGCUACCUAAUCAGAUGACCUGUUGUAACGGUGCAUGUACAGCCUUAUUCAUCGCGUUAUUCGAGUUUUCUUAUAAGCAUACAGGAAAAAAUGGAGAUUACUAAGAAAAAGCCAUACCAGCGAUUUCGAUAUACAGAAGAAACUUUGCAGGAAGUCUUACAAAUGAUAAGAACAAAUUUAAUCACUAUUUCCGAGGCGAGUAGGCGUUACAGCAUUCCAAAGAGUACUCUGUCGAAUAAACUCACCGGAAAGGUCCCACAAAUACGAAAGAUGGGGCCUGAUACAGUAUUAUCUAGUGAAGAAGAAAGUAAUCUGGAGAAAUGGAUUUUGUCAAAAGCUUUAUUAAGAUUUCCAAUGCAUUCUGAUGAGGUGAAAGACUCUGUGCAAAAAGUUUUGAAAGAAACUGAACGCGAUAAUCCAUUCACUGAUGAUAGACCUGGAAAAAAAUGGUUGCAACUAUUUCUCCAAAGACAUCCAAGUAUUACAGCGAAACACAGAAAUCAUCUCUAAAGCACGUGCAUCAGUGACUGAACAAAGUAUCAGGAAUUGGUUUGCUGAGCUCAAAGACUAUUUAAUCAAAGAGAAUCAUGAAGAAAUAUUGGAAAA